AUGUACAAGAAGGCCCUUCACUCCUUCUUCUUGAAGGUGCACCCGGACUUCUUCCACCACAACCGGACCCAACAGGUGGUAAACGAGAACUCCGUGGCCCGCCUCAACGAGCUGUUGAGCUGGGCGAAGGCCUUCAAGACUGGUGUGCUGCGCCCACCACCGGCAACGUCCUUCACGCUGACGUUCUACAAGAAGCCGGACGAUGAAAGUGGGGAUAAUGGGUCAAGAGACAAUUCACAGAACAGUAACACUAACACUACCACUAAGACGGCCUCUUCCUUUGCGCGUCGUGGGCUGCAGGAGCCACCGUCAUCUUCGGUGAUUGAGUCCACCUUCGAGUUGCCGGAGAACUUCGCGCCGAGCGACGCUCAUCGUGGGGCGGCGGAACGGGCGGUGAACAAAUUUUUACGUGAUUUGCUGCGCCGUGCGUCUUGCAUUGACGCCGUGACGGAUUCCCUUUCCGCCGCGGAGGACGCAACAGCGGAGCGCGCCGAGGUGAAGCCACUGCGACGCCGCGCUGGGCCGCACCGCCGCCGCGAGGAGAAGCCGAAGUCGCUCCUUGACGAGGCGACAGAGAGCAUGUCGCUGCAGUGGAGCAUCACCCCCGCCCCGACACUGGAGGAACUGAUGGAGGCAGAUCAGGUGCUCUUUUCACGGGCGCUGUCUCCGCUGCAGUCUGCCGCUGCGUUGCACACACUUCGCCAGCACCUCGGUGAGCUGCGGUACCCCGUGUGGGAGUCAAUGCCACUCAUUGUAUCGAACGAGUUCAAUAUCGGCGAGGUUAGCGGAACGCUAACGAUUCCGUGGGACUUCACCCCUGACCAGCUCCUUAGUUUCCUCGCGCAGAAUGAUAAAGCAAUCUCGAGCUGUCGCGAGGCUGCCACGCGAUUCGCUACAGCCAUGGAACAGCUUAUUUCCGAACUAUCCACAGAGCUUGAGCUGGAUGAUGUGAUGAUAUCUUGCAGCCACAAAGAUGCGGUGGUGGUGCUAAAUUUACUCCACCGCAACAUGGAGCUUCUUCGUGGGUACGGGCUCACGAAUCUUACGAUAGAGGUGGGGAUGCGGCACGCGAUGCGAGCCAAUGGUGUUGUGAUCAUUAGCUGCGAGCUCACUGCUGAUGAGUUGCGCCCCUGGCUCAAGAAGAUACAACCGAAGCUGUCUCUUCAGAAGCGUCUUUACCAAAUCUCGAAGCAAAUGCUGGAGGCGACGAUGUGGCACCUGAAGGAGUUCCGAGCCAUGGCGGAGCCCGGUGGCAUCGACGCCUUUAACAACGACUGCACUUACGCUCAGCGCCUGGAGUGGGCAAAGGAGCUCUUCCGCAUAGGCUCUUCGCUGGCGCCGUGGGACUGGAAGGAUAUGACAUUUGUUCUUGCCCCUGAGGUGGAUGUCGACUGGGCCAAGGGGAUGAUAGCGCUCCCAUACAACUUCAAUGGUGACGCCUUUGUUCGCUACGUUGAAGAGGUCCAGCACGAGGCCAAAAGCCGAAAGCGUGAGGAGCUGCUGGAGGCGAGCGCCAUGCAGCGACAGGAGGCUGAGCGUCAGUGGCAGAAGCAACACGACCAGGAGUUAAUGGUUGAAGAUGAAAAGGAGGUGAAGGAAGACGACAAUGACGCAUCACGUGGCCAUCUUCGCGACAUGUACAAGCGGACGAACCCGCACAUGGAGGAGUACCUUGCAUCCAGCAGCCACCGUGUGGACACGCUCUCAGUGGAACGUCCACUGGCACACGCUGUGACGUUUAACUCUGAAGCCGAGGCGGAGGAUCAGAUGAAGUGGGAGGGAUUCUACGCUGACCCGUACGUGGAUCAGGUGCCGACAGGCGAUCUUGACAGUAUCGCACACACCUUCACGCUGACUAACCGUUGGCAUCGCGAGGAGGCGGCGAAGAAGAUGCUCGAACAGCUGCGUGACACCUACGGGAAGAAGAGCCGCCGCUUUGAGUACCAGAAGAUGGGUGACGUGCUGGAGAUCAACAACGCCAAGGUACAGCCGAAGGGAUUCCCAACUCUCACACGUGGUUUAAGGCCCACACAGUAG